AUAAUGCGUAGCCGCACCCCCUCCCAAGGAGGGGGAUCGCAAGGAUUCGAAAUGGAGAGGAAAUACUCAGUACCGUCAAACCCGGAAUCCAGAGCUUUUUCGGGAGGAACCACCAGCGAAGAUCUGCACGCUUGGUCCAUAUAUAGGCAAAAUCUAAAUUCAGAUUUCACUGAUAGUGCGUUGGGAUCCACAGAUAAAAGUCCCCUUCCUUAUGGCAAUUUUCAGCUACGAGAUACAACGGUACAGUCUAUCCUCUCUCAUCCUCGUUAUGGUCCUAAGUCAGCCCUCGGCUCCAACAUGUACACUUACUUAAAAUUCGGGCUUCCCAGGGUGUUCCCACCGAACCACAAUGGUUCUAAUCGCUCCGGUACCCCACAGCAUUUUCGACGAAACUCGUCCACUAGACCGCAUAACAUUCGACGUUCAAAAGUAGGAAGUCACGGACCAAGAGAUGGUAGUUCUGGAUAUGACAGUUCUGACAAUGAAACAACCAACAACUAUAAGCAAAAUCGAAAAUACCGAUCGGAUCCGGACUUUAGAAAUCAAAGUGUGUAUCACGCUGAGCAAACGAGUCCUGGAAUCCCGUUGGCAGCCAUGCACCAAGGUGAUAUACGACACUCAAACAGUCAAUGGAAUAGAAAUAAGAGUAUCUCGGAAGCCAACCUCUUGGCGUUAGGUUAUAAUAGAUCAAUUCAUAAUAGCGAGCGUCAUCUAAUAGAUCCUCGAAGAAAUAGUGUUGCUGAUUAUGGACACAACCAUGACGUCGUGGAUCAUAGUGUCAUGGGUCAUAUGGGAAGACCAAUGUCCAAAGCUGAAAGUCAUUUCUCUGUGCCUCAUUCGCGAAGAGGACCGCCAUCUAUCCUUCGAACCGAUUACCUCAAUCAGGACGAUGAAUCUGGAACAACGUUUAUGUUUCCACAUUUACAGGCGCAUGGAUUAGGCAUAUUCCCAACCUCUCAGUCUUGCACCAAAUCUCGACAACACCUUCUUCUUAACGAAAUAUCAUUUGAAAUUCGAGGAGGCGAAAUAAUGGCCAUCAUGACGACUUCUGAGGAAGAAGGUACCGCGUUGUUGGACAUCAUUGCUGGGUUCACGUCGCCAGCUUUAGGAACAAUAUUUUUGAAUGGACAUAGUGUCAGAGCACAUACUUUGAAAUCUAGGGUAGCGUACGUCCAAAAUGACUUGAAUUUAUGUAAAGAUAUGACAGUUGUACAGACGUUAAGAUUUCAUUAUGAUCUUAAGAAACCUACAGAGAAAUUAGGCUAUUUAAAAAUUGAAUCUAUGGAUAGGAUAAACGUUUUAAUAGACGAUCUAGGCUUGGAGCAAGUCCGAAACACAAAGGUAUCUAUGAUGACAAUCUCAGAGAGAAGAAGACUGAACGUAGCGUGUCACUUAAUCCUCGACACGGACAUUGUAAUCUUAGACCAACCCACCAAAAGCAUGGACAUUUUCGAUACCUUUUUUUUAGUCGAAUAUUUGAAGCAGUGGGCGAACGGUGGGGCAGGUAGUACUUUGGGGCGUAUUGUGAUAUUGACGAUGCAUCCCCCUACUUACGAGAUAUUUACUAUGCUGUCUAGAAUUUUAUUAGUAUCGGCGGGUAGGACUAUGUAUAGUGGAAGACGACGGGACAUGCUGCCAUAUUUUGCUUUAGUUGAGUAUCCUUGUCCGGCGUUCAAAAAUCCCUCAGACUAUUACCUUGAUCUCGUGACUUUAGACGAUCUCGCUGCGGAAGCUAUGUUAGAAUCAUCACAACGAAUUGAACAGCUGGCUGAGAUAUUUAGACAAAAACAGGAACCCUUAAGCGACCCAGGACCUCCUUCAUCUUUGCCACUCACUGUACGAAACUGUAAUUGUUUGGUAGCGUCAUUUGCUUUGUUUACGAAAUCCAUGAUCUACACUCAACCCGUGACCUUCCUCAACUGGCUCACAGUAAUAAUCCUUUCAGCUAGUCUGUCCUUAAUUCUUGGCGCCAUAUUUUGGGAUAUUCCUACAACCGAUCCUCAACUUAUAUUAAACGACAGGUACGGUUACCACUACAGUGUCAUGUGCAUAGUACAUUGGCCAUUGUUACUGGCGAUGACUGUCAACGAAGUUAGAAGAAAUAGAAAGGUCAUUGAGAGAGAUAUUAAAGAUGGGCUGUAUGGGAGAGUUACCUAUAUCAUAACAAAAUCCAUCAUCAAUUUAUUUCCAUCACUGUUUGUAUGGCUGAUCUAUGUAGUACCUAGUUACUCUAUGACUGGUUUAUACAUGCAGCAUUUGAAUAAUUAUGACGGCUUCUAUAUUUACAUAGGAGUAAUGUUAUUAUAUCUUAGCUGUAUUCAAAUAUUUUUGAUGGCGUUUAUAUACACAAUCCCUUUAAGCAAUACUGCCACAAUAUUCAGCGGUACAGCACUCUCAGCAUUCUUCCUAACUGCUGGAUACUCAUUGCACCUCAAAGAUAUUCCUACAUAUUUACAAUGGAUAGAAAAAAUAAGCCCAAGCGAGUGGCUUAUACCAUAUUUACUCAACAGGGAACUUUCUGCAGAAGCCAUACAGAGUUUACAAGGGGCAAUAACGACACUUUGCAGAAAUAAACAGAUUCAACACCAGGAUAUUAUAGUCCAACUACCAUGUCCACCUCCAAAUGGAACAAAUAGUCUAAAGAGCUUUGGUUACUUAAAGUCUGACAACUUAACUUACGACUAUGAUAACCCCGUUAUAGCAAUGGGCGUAUUUUACUGUAUAUUCUUCGUCAUUUCUUGCUUGAUGUUUGCUCUAAAUUUGUGCAGAAGCAGAAGAAGACGUAGACAGGAUGCUAAGAAUGAUGCAAAUAAACCGUGA